AUGCACCCGAGAGAUGGGCUGCGGAGGCAGCACUCCCGACAGUCCAGGGACGAGGAGGGCAGCCCUGUGGCAGAUCCGAGCGCAGGAGGAGUGGAUCUGGGCGCGGAAAGUGCAGAUCUGGUCGCGAGGUAUGCAGAUCUGGGCGCACAGAGCGCAGAUUUGGAUGCGCAGAAUGCAGAUCUGGUCGCGCGGAAUGCAGAUCUGGUAACGAAAUGUGCAGAUCUGGGUGCAGGAGGAGUAGAUCUGGGCGCGGGAGGAGUAGAUCUGGGCGCUGGAGUUGCAGAUCUGAGCGCGAGGAGAGCGGAUCUGGGCGCUGGGAGGGCAGAUCUGGCCGCUGGGAGGGCAGAUCUGGGCGCUGGGAGGUCAGAUCUGGGCGCUGGGAGGGCAGACCUGAGCGCUGGGAGAUCAGAUCUGGGCGCUGGGAGGGCAGAUAUGGGCGCUGGGAGGUCAGAUCUGGGUGCUGGAGUUGCAGAUCUGGACGUGCGUGGAGCAGUGCCUUGGAGGGCUGCGCCUUACGGGGCGCGCGGGGAGGGAGGACAGCGCCUAAAGGGCGCACGAAGAGAUGGCAGCUCUGUUCUAGAAGGCUAG